UGCCGUUCCUUCACAUUUGGCGAAACCUGUUCUGAAUACUGCCACUGUAACAGUGAAAAUUAUCAGUUCUGUGAUAACAUUAAGGGAGAUUGCGUGUGUAAACCAGGUUGGAGUGGCAACAAUUGCUUUGAUGACGUAGACGAAUGUCUAGGCACCAAUAACGUACUUUGUCCAUCCAAUUCAGACUGUGUCAACACACCAGGAAGCUAUACGUGCAAAUGU